UGGCAUUAGCUUCCAUGCUAUUAGGUCUAUAAGAUGGGGAAUCACAGGUUUAGAUUCUCUGAUAUGAUUCCUAAUGCCUGGUUUUACAAGCUCAAAGACAUGGGCAAGACCAGAAAGCAAUCCUCUGCAACUUCAACAUUGCAGACAUCUCACGUUUCUCAACCCAGAAAUUCCUACCACUUCUCCAGAGCCAGAACUGAUAGAAUUUGCCGUUCACCUAUAAACACAAAAGCCUUGGAUGCUAAUUACCCUGAUCCGCCAAGAGUUUCAUCCAGGAAGAAACCCAAAAGAAGAACCAUUUACAGGCCUUCUCCUAAGCUUGUCUCAACCUGGAGCAACUCCAAUUUCAGCUCCUCUCUCGAGACUUCUCCUGAACUUAAGGCUGAUUUCCAUGACCAUGAAUCACUUGUAUCAGAGACAGACUUCCAAGUGCUUGCUGCCCCUGAUUCAUUCUGUGAGUGUGAAGUCACUUCUGACAUCAUCAUUGACGUGAAUAACACUGAAUCUUUCACCGGUAAAUUUGAGAAGCUUGAUGGGUUCAACAGCAUUUAUGAGCUACAACUCCCUCCAAUAUUGACGAAGCCGAGAAAAUUUGAUCAAGUCACCAACGCGGGAACAAGGUCUUCCGAUUCCGAAAUGGAAGAGUUAGAAGCAAGUAGGUCUCUCUCUGUCAAGAAGGUGAAGCGAGAGAGAAUCAGGGCUCAAAACGAGCCAAAACCUAGGUUGCAGAUGAGAAAGUCGUCAGCAGGAGGGAUAAGGCUACGAUCGAAUACUCCAAAAAUGUCAAGGAAGAAAAUUCCAAGAAAGAGUGUGUGUGUAUCUUCCAGCCCCAGGAGUAGGAGCCUCGGAGAGAGCUUUGCUGUGGUAAAAUCCUCAGUUGAUCCUCAGAGAGACUUCAGAGAAUCCAUGGUGGAAAUGAUUGUGGAGAACAAUCUGCGGACGACAAAACAUUUGGAAGAGCUCCUUGCUUGUUACCUUUCACUGAAUUCAAAAGAGUAUCAUCAUCUUAUUGUCAAGGCAUUUGAAGAAAUCUGGUUAGAAAUGACGGACCUUCUUCACCUUCCCAUGAUGUAAUUCUAUUUCUAGUUUAGUUUUUUUUUAUUUGUUAAUUUAUGGACUAGUACAAAUGCAUAUAUGUAUAUACUUGUGAUCAUGUAAAUUUUAUCGCAUUUUCAACUGCCAGACUUUGAUGAGUUUGAGCAAUAUUUAGUAGUAAUUUCACUCAAUUUGGUAUUAUAUAUUCUAUCAGAACUAAGA